GAGCUUGUUUGGGGGCAGGUGGGGCAAGGAGGGUGGGUUUGGGACAGGCCAGCUGGGGGUGAGGAUACCCGGCUGAGUGGAGCUGCCUUGCUGGUAGGGAGCAGCCUAGCUACAGGCAAUAAUCCCAGGAGGUGGUAGGUGUCUGCUUGAGCUAACUCUUGUGCAACUGGCCUGACCAAAUGGGUGCGUUUCAGACUGUCUGCCCUUGGCAGAACUGUAUCCGGUUUAUGGCCAGAAGAGGGGGGAAAAAAAAAAAAAAAAAAAUCUCAUGGACCAAGCACAUGGCCUCCCGAGCUGUAGUCUUGGCUUUCAGUGGUGGGUUUUGAACUUGAUUACAGCUGGAGGAAUUCUAAACAGUCCACCUCUCCUUGUCAUGGUGUUUAAGUGUAUUGUGCUCCUGUCUGAACAGAGGAAAUCACUGAGGCUACGGAGAGCUAAAUGGUAACGCAGGAGAAAGAGAAGUGUCAUUAAAGGGCCUGUGCUCUGAUGAAACCACCACCCCAGGAUCCAGGGUACCCAAUGGCAGCCAGCAGCUCGUAGACACCAACGUGACCCCAAAGCAGACUGUGAAGGCCAGUGCUUUGGGGAAGGCUGGAAUCAAAACCAAGAACUUCAUUCAGAAAAAUAGCAUGGACAAAAAGAAUGAGAAGUCCUAUGAAAAUAAACUUAGAGAAAGCCAGUCCUCAGACAAGCCGGAAGGAGUGUCUAUUCCAAAUGGUGUGGUAACCAAUAAUUCUAGCUACAUCACAAAUGGCUACGUAGGCAAAGGGGCCGAUAACGAUGGUAGUGGCUCUGAGAGUGGAUAUACUACGCCUAAAAAACGGAAAGGCAGGCGCAACAGUGCCAAGGGUUGUGAGAACUUGAAUCUAGUACAGGACAAAAUAAUGCAACAGGAGGUCAGUGCACCAACCUUAAAGCAGGAACUUGAGAGUUUCAAGCCUGAUUAUAGUGAACAAAAGGGGAACCGAAUUGAAAAUACUAAGCCUGUUUGGAAAUACGAGGCUGGGGCUGGUGGAGCAGGCCGGGGAAAGCCUGGGCUUGGGGAUGUACAGCGAAAAAACUCUGAUGCCAAACCUGGGAUUAGCAGCAAGAAAUUUGAUGACCGGCCCAAAGGGAAACAUGCCUCGUCGGCUACAUCUAAAGAGGACUCAUGGACCUUAUUUAAACCACCCCCAGUUUUUCCAGUGGACAAUAGCAGUGCUAAAAUUGUUCCCAAAAUAAGUUAUGCAAGUAAAGUUAAAGAAAACCUCAACAAAGCAGCUCAAACCCCAUCCACGUCGUCUUCGUCAUCUUCGUCAUCUGCUGGGGAAACUCAGGCCCAAACAUCAAGUCGACUGUCCCAAGUCCCCAUGUCUGCUAUGAAAUCUGUUACUUCUGCUAGCUUCUCGAAUGGGCCAAUUCUAGCAGGGACUGAUGGAAGUGCGUAUUCUCCAGGGACCCAGCCACUGCUCUCAACUGCUGCUAGUACUGUACCAUCGACCUCCUCUGAGUCAGUACCCCAGGACAUGAGUACAACUUCAACAGCUCUCGAACAAAAGAAAUCUAGCCUUUUUAUCUACCCUUCAAAUAUGCAAACUGUGCUUCUGGGUACAGCGCAAGUCGAUUUCCCGUCGCAGACGAAUCAGCAGAACCUGGGAGAUAUCUUCCAGAAUCAGUGGGGCUUGUCUUUCAUAAACGAGCCCAGCGCUGGACCCGAAACUGUUGUGGGGAAAUCUGCGGAUAAUCAGUUAAUGGAAGUGACAUUUCAAGGGGAAUAUCCUGCCACUUUGGUUUCACAGUGUGCUGAAAUCAUUCCCUCAGGAACUGAACAACCUGUGUUUCCUAAGGCUUAUGAGCUGGAUAAACGGACUAGCCCUCAAAUUCUUAGUGCUAUUCUUAAGCCUGGGACUGCUGUUGAGGGUGGUGUCUUAGCUUUGGAGUCGCAUCACACAGGUGACCUACAAAAGGCAGACACCGGUAGCCAAGGUGCUUUAGUGUUUCUUUCAAAAGACUAUGAAAUAGAGAAUCCUCUGGCCUCUCCUACGAACAAUUUGCUAGCCUCCGCCAAAGAACAGAGGUACCAGAGAGGCCUAGAAAGGAAAGAUAGCUGGGGUUCUUUUGACCUGAGGGCUGCUAUUAUGUAUCACACUAAAGAAAUGGAAUCGGUUUGGAAUUUGCAGAAGCAAGAUCCCAAAAGGAUAAUCACUUAUGAUGAAGCCAUGGAUCGCCCGGAUCAAUGAAGGUAGCAAGACGAGACUGCCUGUUAUAACCUUUCUGCAGCAUUUGUGCUGUUCAUGGGGGACAAAAGGCUUUUAUGCUCCUUCUAAAUCUUCAGUGCAGCAGAGGAACCAUAACUAGAAUCACAGGAUAAUAUAUACAAAUAUAUAUAUAGUUAUUUAAAAAUGGCAACUGAAAGUAAUUAGACUUCUUAAGGAAUCUGAAAAUUUAUUUCAACGAGACUACACACGUGAUUAUUUAAUCUCCGGUACUGAAUAGAUUUUUUUCGUUUUUUUGUUUUGUUUUUGUUUAAAGAGUGAAUGCAAGUGAUUAACGAAUACAGACUCAAUUUACAAGCCCGGUUCUAAAGUUCCUGCUGUCGUCUACAUGGGCAACAGCAACCCACUGGAGAGGCAUUUCCACUUGACAAGGUUUCUGUUUCUUGUUCUGUGACUGUAGUGACACACUAAUCACAGGGAAAUCAGGAUGAUUCACCAUCCUUCCAUCUCCCCUUUCCCUUCCACCUUCCCUAUUUGUUUUGGGGUUUUUUUUUUCUGUUCUGUUUUCCACUGAAUGCUGGAGAAACGCCUUGAAGUUUGCAGAGUUUCUUUUUUUUUUCCAGAGAAUUAUAAUCCGCAUGUUUUGCCAGGAGUAAAGCAGCAAUCCUGUGCUGGGGAUGUUGUCUUAAAGCAUCAUUCUUCUGGGGGAAAGAUGGUAAUACUGCAGUUCUAGGAUGCAUGGUGAAGUCACACAGUUGACCUGGCUCCGGUUACAUGUUGGACUAUUGCAACUGAAGAGUUAUUUCAUUUUAAAAGACAACAUGCAAAAAUAAGCAAUCUGUUUAGGCAUUUAAUAUGAAAAAAAAAAAAAAACCAACAAAAACCCCACUGUUCCCACAGUUUAAUGCCAUUGUAUUACUGGGAGCAAAAAAAAAAAAAAAAAAGGUAUCUUCUGCUUUCAACUGUAGGUGCUUCAUAUUUGCUCUGUCUGUCUCCUAACACUAAAUGUGCUGGAUUUUUUUCCCAUUUUCAUUGGAAAACUGAAGAGGAAUUCAGUUCUGCUAACUUUCACCCUUCUUGAAUUAUUUUUUUUCUCUUAAAAAAAAUUUUUUUUCAAAAGAAAAAAAAAAGGAAAAAAGAAAAGGAAAAAAAAAAAAAAAGAAAAAUGGGAAUUUGAAUCCUUUUCAAUUUGUCCAUAGAAUGCCAAUGGCUGGGCUUCCCGCACCUGCCCAUUGGAAAUGCUCUUUUAUAUUUUAAUGCAGUCUGUGUAUUUCCGGGCUCUGCUUCUAAUUAUCUCUUAAUAAAAAUAUAUUUUAUUACAAAAAUGGAGGGCUUAGGAAUGAAAAUAAAAAUUUAAAAAUGAAAAAAAAAAAAAAAUCCCAAGGAAAGGAAAGCUUCCUAGCAGUGGUAGAGAAGGCUGAGCAGACUGCAGGCUCCAGCUGUGUAACCCGCUCUGUCCCAUUGCAGCUUGUUUAGCACGUCCAAAUCAUCUUGGGGUUGGGUAGUUUUUCUGGGUUUUUUAAAAGGUGGAAAGUUCACAGGAUCCAGUGCAAGAGCGAGCAAUGAGUGAAGCAAAAAUGGGUUUUCUGACCUACCCAAGUUCCAUACGUACCCAAUGCUCAUCGUGGGUGUUUGUGGCCAAAUGUUGGCUCAUGUAUGUCUGGGUAUCGAGGUCAGCAGCAGCUGGUGUUUCCUAAAAUUUGACUGGAUCCUAUGGGGCAUUACAGGAAGCAGAUAAGCCCAAAACUUUCGCCUACCCCUUGUGCUUAGAUUUAUCCACUUUUUUUCUUUUUUUUUUUUUUUUUUUGUUAACUAGGAGUAUGUAGCAUGCGUUUUUUAAUUGUUUUUAUUCUUUUAAUAAGAUUGUUCCUGAAUGAGACGCUUAGGUUCAUGGUGGGACAAUGAAACUUAAUUCUGUACCUUUUGUAAGAUUACUAGCUUUCUGCCACGCUUAGUUUUAAAAGUUUGACUAUGGAUUGCCUACUCCAUUUUAUGUAUAAAAUACUAUAUAGUAUAAUACUGUAGUGUAAUACUAUAUAGUAAUCAUGUAUUGUAUCAGUCCAGGUUCAGAAAUGUGUGGUUGGCCAGUCGCAAAUAGUUCUGUUUCACCUAUAAACUGUACCAGCUUUACAGGUGUGUGUAACUUUCAGAUGUAUAACAUGUUUACAGAUGUGUCCGACAUCUAGUCCUCUGACGUUCCUAUUUUUAAUUCUGUUGAGUCUCCCAACUGCUUGCCAAAAGUCGGAAUCGCCUCCAGCUCUGCUGCGGAAGAGCUGGGGUGUUCCUGAGCUUUAAAGUGUUGAACAAACUGGAUGGUGGGACUGGGAAAAUUAAGGUGGAAGAAAUGUUUUGGUUUGUUUUUUUUUUUUUAAUUAUUUUCAAAAAGUUGAAGGCUAAUAGCAAAGUUUCCAGUUUGUUUUACUGGCUUUAAGGCUCUGCUGUGUAUUUAUUUGCCUUGUGUAGUCACUUGUCGCCUUAAGGGCUGGGUUCCAUUAAAAAAAAAAAAAAAAAAAAGAAAAAAAGAAAAAAAAAAGAUAAAAACAAACCCUGUUUUGCUUACCUGGGGUCUGCGCUGUCCUGGUACCCCCGCCCCCAGAUCCGCUUUCGGGGCUGGCACGAUGCAGAAGCGGAACAGCAAUAACCCAUGCUGAAUCUGACCCUGCGCGUUUAGAGAGAUCCGAGUCUUGCUGAAUAUUUGAGGACGCUCAUCUUGGCCUAGUCCAGUCUAUCUUCUAAAUAGCGAAAGAAGUGCUGAAAGAAACAUGGUUCAAGUGAUGGGUUGGGUUGGUUUUUUCCCCGAUGUUCGUCCCUGCUGCUUUGCCUCGCUGCGCAUGGUCCCUUGCCGGCAGGACCCAUCCAGAAACACCCUCUGCAGCUUCUCUGCUGUAUUUCUGACCAUCCUGUCUUCAAAUGUCUGUCUGUCUGUCUCCAUGAGCUCCACGGCGUGUGCUCAGCGCUGAGCAGUUAGGAAAUUCUCUCUCUGAGCUCCUGUAGCUCUGGCUCACUGGUGCAGGCGGUAUUUCUGGGAUAGACUAUUGCCUAGAGCCAGGCAGGACUGUGGAAGAAACUUCCUCGUGCUGUCGUGUAACUUGCCCUGUCGCUGUCUGCAGUCCUCCCGAAGUCCUCACACAAUUCUUUACUGAGCACUUAUUAAAAAUUAAGAUUUAAUCUGUUUUCUGAUUAUUUUUUGUGUAAACUUAUAAAAAAAAAAAAGAAAAAAAAAAAACAAAACCCUGAAAUUGAGCUGUGACUAAUUUAGCACAUUUAAAUAAUGCUAAGGUGUUACUGAUAAGUCUCAUGUUUUGUUUUGUUUUCGUUUGACUCAGAGUAUUAGUACUGUAGCAUAAACCAAAUACAGCCCGGGAAGGGGUGCAGCCGCCUUCUCUCCCGGGUCUGCACCCAAGGGUGUCUGUGCGUGCGGGGGGGUUGGGGUGGGGGGCAUCUUACUUGUGUAAGGAGAGCGAGCGUGUAUUUAUUUGUGCCAUUGUUUUCAUUACACUGAGUAAAGUAAGUUUUAAAACAAAACCCCUUAAAUAUGUGUAGUAUCAGAAAGUGGCACUAAGGGUGAGAUCAUGACCUAUUUUUUUAUUAGCUCUGAAGAUACUUAUUCAGGUUAAGGCUUCUUUCCCAUUUCUGUUCCCGUCGUGGGUCCGACGAGUCCCUUUCCUCCGGUUCCCUUGCCGAGGCUGUCUGUUGGGUGGAGCAAGGAUUUCUGCAGGGGCAGGGGCUGUCUCCUUUCUCCUCUGGUCUUUCCCCACCGCUCCUCCUCUGCCGGCAGGUCCUGUCGGGUGUCUUUUGUCCAGGACCUUGCGUAAUGGAGGCUGGAGCGCGUACCGCCGGCCAGAUCCAGCAUGGGAUCUGCUUUCUCUUUGGUGGAUCAGGGAGUGUUUCGUCCGUUCCAAGAGAUGAUUUAAAAGCUGCUCCAUGCUCCCGUCUCUGGUGAGGGUGGUUUGGGGACCUUCAGCCUUUCCGUUCCCUCCCGCUCCACCUGUCUGGUGGAUUGGCAACGCGAUGGCUUUCAAGGUUUGGUUGGAGUUUGGUUUUGGUUUAAACCCACCUUGGUCAUCCGUGAAACCUGUUUUCGUUGUUGUUAGAAAUCUCUCGUCUCUUUGACAGCGUGGGUAGCUCCAGGGCGUGGAUUCUGUCGCUAACCCACUUCAAACCGUUGCCCUUUCUGAACUGUAAAUCCCGCUGUUUGCCUUUCAUAGCUGCUGUGAACUUCUUUGAAAUGUGGGAAAAAAACCCAAAUCUCAUUAGAUUGCGAGUAUGCCAGCUAUUUGGCGGCUGGGAGCGGGUGACGGGUUGAACCAGCUAGCUAAAUCGAAAGGAAAAUCGCUUCCUGCUAGGGGGAAAAAAAAAAAAAAGAGAUGGAAGUUGUCCUCUCAGUUGCAUGUGUAAUUAGUGCUUUUCACCUUCAAGACAGUGUUACCGUAGCAUGAUAGCAUCCUUUCCAGAAGUGGCCGGUGGGUGACCUCAGGGACAUCUGGGAGUGAUGGCAUUCACAGACGUGUUUCAGAACUGCUGGUAGUUUUCCUGUGCGUUCAGUUUUUGCUCUUGAUUCGGCGUUUUCAGUAAACUGCUAUGGUGUCCGAAGCUUUCAGGAGUCUCGUCCCUAGAAGAUUUUUCUGUACGUACGUCCGUAGUGAUUUGUUUUCCUUACAGAGGCUGUUUACAAGGGAGAUGGUCGAGGUCAGGAGGGGAGAGAACAAGGCUACACCUAAUUUAAAGCUGCUACACAUUUUCACACCGGUGCGUAAGGCAGGAGGAGGGCUGGGGCUGGAGGAGCGCUAGCAUGGUGGAGUAGCCGAAGAAGCCAGAGUAAUGCUAGCUUUGGCCACCGCAAGAGCAUUUUUUCCAUGCGAAAAGGCCCUAGCGCAAGCAGUUGAGAAGCAGGAACCUGGGCUGGUGCGAAGGAGCAGAAGAUCUCGGUCUGCGCUGCCGGACGCGCUGCCUUCCAGAGAUUACAGAGCUUUAGACAUUUGCACAAUACGUGUUACACCACAGGGUAAGGCUGGCUUUCUUGUAUCCUGCUCGAGAUCCUCAGAAGUGGCAUCGCUCAGCAGCGCGACACCGAAGCAGUGGAUGUCUGGGGAGGUACAAGAGAGCUCCGCAGUGGCCUUGUGUUUGGGGCAUGAGACCCUCGGAGGCAUGCUGCUGGGGGUGUCGGGCUGUUCUCUGUCCUGGGACAGGAGCAAAAAUCAUACCUGUGCUUUCACUAGGGGAUGCUGAGCUGUAUUUAUCUUGACUGUUAAUCGGAAAGCUUCAUAUAAUGUGUCCAGAGCUCUAAAGCCAUUUUGUAAGAUAGCAGUAUCCCUUUUCUACAGCCUUAUUGAUGAGUAGAGUAUCUUUAAAAAGAAGAAGAAAAAAAAUAGUUCAUUUCUUUCUGUGGUAUGAAACUUGUGUACUGCAAACAUAUGAACGUUUAGCAAAAACACAACUUACAGUUUUCUUAAAAAAACAAAAAAAAACCAACAAAAAAAAAAACCCUGUCUGCUUUCCAUACAGUCUUUCCUCAGGUGCUAAAUAAGGGUUCCAAAAAUGGAUACUGCUUUAGGAGUUUCUGCUUUAUUCUUAAAAUACAUAUUUUUUUGCUUAGGUGUUGUAAAGAUAUUUUAACAAGAAUGUUUUUUUAAUGUAAAUAAGAUUGUGUCUUUAAUUUUUGUUUUAUCUCCUUUUUGUCUAUAUUGAAUAGUCUAAUUUUCAUUUUAUCCUUUUGAGAAGGACCCUCUUAUGACCUUCCUUGAAGACAUUUCAUUAAGUGUUGCUGCAUUUGAGAACGAAUCUACAACUGUUCAUUGUUUUGGAUUAAUGCUGCUGCUGCUAUAAGUAACCCUGAAAAUCAAGAAUGUGUGAUGCACUUUUUUUUUACAUGACCAUAUAGUUGCUCUGCAGAUAGUUGAACCCUCCUGUAACACAGCCACUAACUCUGCGGGUAGCAUAGGAACUGGGGGAGCUGGGGUGUAGGAGAGGGGUGUACCUGAUUUUGGUGCUGACCUACGGGAAUUUCUAUGCAAAAGCAAGCAAAGGAGAACUCUUAACUUGAGAGAACACUGUGCAUUUUUUUUUUUUCUUCUUUCCUUCCUUUUCUCAAGCUGCUAUUGGAAGGGUAGUACAAAUCCCUGAGGUUUUCAACUUCUCCUUCCUCGAUGGCUGGUGGUGUGGGAAAGAUGCCUGAGUAAUUUGUAAGGUAGAAAAAUCUCAAUCGACUAUUGUCUCGUCUCCGGUUUUAAUAUUUUUGUUUUCUGUUUGAAUCUAUCUACGGAAGGAAAUUGUUCAUCUCUGCAAAAAGAUCUUUUUAAUGCUUUAUCUCAAUGUGAAGUUAACCAGCAGUAUUAAAGAUUGCAAGGCCUCCUUCCUGCCCACAGCCCCGGUGUUGCGGUGUCAUAGGCUCCUUCUCCAGCUGCCCUCGGCUGCUGGGGAGCGGUCGGUGCCCGGAGUCAGAUGUUUUCCAAGAAAAAAAAAGCGAGGCCAGGCCAUCUACCCAGCCAAAACCUGACGGCUGAGGCGUGAAAGCCCACGGCUUAGGGAGUGGUGGAGAGAGGUCCUGCUGCAUCGAGGUGCUGCCACGGGGCACGGGCAGAUCCAGAACCUCUUGUCUUCAUGGGUCACACCUGGACCGCCACAGGGGGACGCGUACCGUGAAGGAGGAGUUUACUGGAGGGGGAAAAAAGGGAAUUUACUUGACUAUUUAUAGAAGAUCCUUUAGGAAAAUAAAGUACCUCUGUAAAGUGAGGGAAGAGUAAGGAAGGUCCAAAGUCAUGUAGGAAAAACGCUUGGGGAUUACAACUGCCUGGAAAAUAGUACCUAAAUAGCAUAGGCCAGAACUCUCUGCCUGUUUAAUUAGUUUAUUCAGCAUCAGGUUUUUUUUGGCCAGCGUUUGCUCUUUUACACACAGGCGUGUGUGUGUACAUCUGACUAAAUGUGCCUUGCAUGUGUGCUUAGUCUUUCUGAAGAGAGUUUGUAGUGGUGCGUGAGCUGCUGGGACGUGGCGUGGGAUGGCUGGGCUCCCGGCGGGCAGCACAAUGACCAUGCCCCAUCUACAGUCGAGGGUUCAUUAAUGUCCUGGUGACCCAUCGGAUGGAAAUGAGACUUGGACUCGAGCCUGCGUAGUGGCUGUCUUACAGUUUGGGGACGAUGUCCUGUGGGGUGGCACCUUUCCUUUGCUAGCACAAGCCGUUUUCUGUGACUUUGGAGGGGAGUGGGGGGGAGAGAAAGAGAAGCUGCUUUGCUGUUCUCCUGCGGACAAAAAUAAGCAUUGCCAUGCUUUGCCUGCAAAGCCCAAACAAGUGAAGGUCUGGAAGCGGCUUUGCUCUGGAGUUAGGGCUCUCUGUGGCACCGGGGAUCCCGUUACCCGGGGGAUUUAUUCCCUUCCAGGUUGUGGUUCUUGUUACUGUGGGGUUUUUUCAGUUUUUUUGUAAAGGAGAAGUAAACAACGCCGUGCUUAAAGUUAACAAAAUAGAAACGCUUAAGUUUGCAGUCAGUGACUCAGAAUACAAAGCUGUGCAAUUCUUGUUUCUUCAUCUCUCUCCCGACUCACUCGCCCCAAUGUGUGAUUCUGUCCGAGUCUUUCUGUACUUCUGCCACUGUAAAUGUGAAAGCUUGCUUGCAUUAUUUUUUAGAAAUGCAUUUUGCACACUCGGGUUUCGCUGAAGCUCCGUGAAAAGGUUAGUUUGAAGCAGAUGAAUAAAGCUAUGCACAUGUUUUGAAAGUUUAAUUUGUGUCUCAUUACCAGAAGUGACUUAUCUGCCCUCUUUUGCAUUCCUGUGCUGUCAUUGCCUGCAUUAUCUUCACCAUCUCGGAGGGUAUGAUGUAAGGUGACAGUUCUUUGCUGACAGCUGUAGCAGAAAACUGGCGCUUCUUGAUUAUUUUAGUAGCCUCUCUCUCUCCUUUGCUUUCUCUGUAUCUCUCUGUAUAGCUAUAUAAAUAUAUAUAUUAUUUUUUUAUUUUAAAGAGCCUACUUUAGUAAUUGAAUUGGAGGGAGCGGGGUGUGCUGGCUUGUGUUUCAGAUACACUUCAUACUGUCGGAUGAAUGAGUGCCCUUUUUUUCUCUGGUCGAGAGCGUGGCGGUGGUACCCACCGACAUUCCACCAGGUGUGCGAGCGGCAAGGGGGACAGGGAGCGCGUGGCCGGACCCCACGCGAAGCAGGUUUGAGGAGGGGAUGGAGAUCCGUCUGCUGCGUUGCAGGCUGGUGGCAUGGGCAAACUUGAGGCUUCUAGUGACAAAGUUAACUGAAGAGAAGCCCUGCUGUUGCGUAUUCCCACUGUGAGGUGGGAGGGACAGGCUUCCUCGCUGUCCCUGCUGCGGGAGCUGUAGUCCAUGGCCUGCUGGAGUGGAGGGCGGGCUCCCGCCGGUCUCUGGGGCGAGAGCUUUAUUUUAGUUGUGUUUUCAUGAGUUGGGUGCGUUGGGUUGCAGGUACCACCUUUGGAAACUUGUUGCUUAGCCCAGAGCCUUUGUGCAGGAGAGUCGGGAUUUUGUGGCGGGAGAAGGACCCUGACAGCUUUCUCCUCGUGUUCCCUUCGCCGUGGCAGAAAUUUGUACUAACUUGACAGCUUUUUUUCAUACAGAACAGGGCUGCUUUUCUAUCUACCAUCACACGUGUACUUACACACCUUCAGCGGCUUGCGAGCCUCUGAAGGUCCUCAACUUGUUUACUGGGGGGACGGAUGCCCCUCUCUUCCCCCCCUCCCCCUGAAUAUUUCAGUGUUAAGGGCGGUGCGAAACACAACCGCGCUCUUCGACUGCGAGCUGGGGCUGGAGAGGUCCUUCCAGGCGGAGCCGCCGGAGCCGUCUCCUGUCCUGUCCCCCCCCCCCCAUCGAUAAGUUCUCAUUUCGUUCGGUUUCCUGGUGUGUAUUAAAAUCGCCGCGAGGGGUUGUGCUCUACCUGCUCAGGAGCUGAAUUACCUCUGACCUGCAGAGAGGGGCAGCCCCUCUUUGUUGUCGAUGUUGUAGUGUGUGACCACACGAAUCGGUAAAGGUAGUCUUUGUUUUCUUCUCCCCUCCCCGGUAUUUCCAAUUAGGUUAAUGCACUCUGUGUGCCCAGCUGGAAACGUAGGCGUUUUCCCGGUCGUGAGAGGGUGGCUAGAAGAGUUAGUGUAAUACCUGCUGUAGCUGUGUCUGGCGCAGCCCCUUGCGCUGGUAUGGGUGAUGUCACGGACUGUAAGGAUAGGUAAUGUCCAUGAGCUGUAAUGGCAUGAUGUAUCUUUACCAAUGAUGUCAUACUUCACACUAAAUGUUUAAAAAAAAAAAAAAAAAAGUUACCUGAAAUUUUGUUUAUUCUGCACCAACAGGUCUUCAAAAUUUAUCCAAAUUUUAUUAUUUUAUCAGGAAAAAAAAGAAAUUUGUGUAGAUCGAAUACGUUAAGACAGACAAUAAGUGAUGUAAAUUGUUGAAUAAAAAUUUUAAAGUU